CGAAAUUGGUCCCCUCCUUAAACCCUUGUCUGCACCCAAAAAAAUAAACUAACGAAUCACUCCAUAAUUAGCAAAAUUAGGGGAAAAAAGACACCAAUAGUCGCCUCUCUAUCUUCCUCUGUCAACAAUGGCGCUUCGGUUCGAGAUUUUAGGGAGGUUUAAUCGAGCUCGAGCAUCGAGGCUAACACUUCCUCACUACGUAUGCCAGACGCCUCUAUUCAUGCCUGUGGGAACUCAAGGGACGAUCAAAGGCUUGACAAACAGCCAGCUUGAGGAAAUCGGUUGCCAAAUUAUAUUGGGAAAUACAUAUCAUUUGGAGCUCAGGCCAAGUUCAGGGUUGAUUGAUGAACUAGGAGGUCUUCACAAGUUUAUGAAUUGGUCCAGGGGAUUGCUUACUGAUUCUGGUGGCUUUCAAAUGGUAUCUUUGUUGCAUUUGGCUGAUAUCACUGAAAAGGGAGUGACAUUUCAGUCUCCUGUAGAUGGAAAGCCAAUGCUUCUGACACCAGAGGAGUCUAUUCAAAUCCAAAACAGAAUUGGAGCAGAUAUCAUUAUGGCCCUAGAUGAUGUUGUAGGAACAACUGUGACUGGUCCUAGAAUUGAGGCGGCUAUGUAUCGCACACUACGUUGGAUAGACCGAUGCAUUGAAGCACACAAGAGGCCAAAUGAACAGAAUUUAUUUGGUAUUGUACAAGGUGGUUUGGAUCCUGUGCUCAGGGAUAUUUGUGUCAAAGGCUUAGUUGAAAGGAACCUACCUGGCUAUGCUAUUGGUGGUCUUUCAGGUGGUGAAAGCAAGGAAUUAUUCUGGCGCGUUGUUGCACAAUGCACUGCUGCAUUGCCUGAGGAUAAACCACGAUAUGUUAUGGGUGUUGGUUAUCCAUUAGACAUUGUUGUUUGUAGUGCUUUGGGUGCUGAUAUGUAUGAUUGUGUUUAUCCCACACGCACUGCUCGUUUUGGUACUGCCCUUAUACCAGAGGGGGUAUUAAAACUAAAGCACAAGGCCAUGGCUGAUGAUACUCGCCCAAUUGACCCUUCCUGUGCUUGCAUGGUCUGCAAGACAUAUACAAGAGCUUACAUCCAUUGUCUUGUUACAAAAGAAGCAAUGGGCUCACAGCUUGUGUCAUAUCACAAUGUGUAUUACAUGAUGAAGUUAAGCAGAGAUCUUCAUACAUCUAUUGUUGAGCAGCGCUUUCCAUUGUUUGUGUGCGAUUUUUUACAGAAGAUGUUUCCCAAAGGCGAUAUACCUGAAUGGGUCUGCAAUGCCAUGGAGGUUGCAGAAGUUGAUAUUUCUUCGUGCUGUAGAUGACCUUCAACGCUUUCCAAGCAGGUUGUUUCAAUACAAAUCAUAUUUUAUAUUUCUUAGGUUUUAUGUGCCAAUUUUGACUAGUUAUCAUC